CUCCUCAGUGUUUCUCUGAAUCAGUGUCGGACUCGAGCUCACAGUCAGCUGCUGCUGAAACACUGAAAUCAUGAAAUCACGCUGAUUUCAAUCUCUGCAGAUGAAAUCACUUUCGUUACAACCAUGAAGAAAGGAUCGUUUAAUUUCCUGGGUCGGAAGAAUCAAUCUCUAUUCGACACCAAUGUGGAAAUCAGGGACAUGGAUAAUGUGGAGCUGGUGUUGGACUCGGCUGCCAUCCCGGAGUCUGGAACCGCCAAAGUGCGCUCGCGUCCGACUGUCAAACACUUCAUGUCGUCUGAGAGUGCGCAAGGCUUUGCAGUUCCAACUCCCAAGGUACCGGUUCUUCCGCCCUUCAACGAGCCCAAGAUAAACGGUACAGGAAGUACUACAAACCUCUCAAAUGGAAGGAUGCUUUCUGUCCCUGACCUACUCGAGGGGGAAAUACUUAUACCUCCUCCGCCUAGCUCCGCUCCUCCACCCCCUCCAUCAUAUUCAGCCCCACCUCCUCCAUCAUUCAUCCCUCCCCCACCACAGUUCUUUGGCGAAAUGGACCCUUCUUUAGAUCGUGCAAGCCUGCAUCCCCCUCCAAUGGCACCCCCAAAACCGCCAUCACUUACCAGUUCCAAUUACAGUGCAGAUUUGGACCUUGCCUCCCUCAAACCUCCUCCAAUGCCUCCUCCAAAACCUCCAUCUGAAACUUCCAGCCUCAGAGGUUCCCUCUCUAGCCUGGAUGUCCAAGAUUUCCCAGAAUGCCCCAAGUUCAACCCACCGCCACCCCCUGUUCUUGCAAAAGCUCAGAAAGCAGCACCUCCCAAACCCAUUCGAAUGUCCUCCAUACCCAAUCUAGACAUCCAGUCCCAAACUCCUGUGCCACCCGUUGCUUCCAACCCAACACCAUCUAGCUUCAACCCCCAGAACACAGCAAAACUCUACAGCGUGCAGAAGAGCACACUACUUGGUGGACAGACAGAUAGGGAAAAAAAAGUCCAGUCCAUUCUGCUGCUGGAAGAUUCUGCUGGAAACACGGUUGGUGUUGUCAAUGGGAAUAGUGGGAAAAAUGCUGAAUCUUUCCAACCAGGGGUGCUACCAACCAAACCAGCCCGUCGGAACAGCUCCGCCACUCAUCUACAGGAUGACCAGCCAGACAUGGCACAAGCUCCAAGAGAACAAGCCAAGGUAGAGCCCAAAAUCAAUCCUGAGCCUGUAACACCACAAAACAUCCCCACUGAGAUACCAGCACCAAUCAAAGUCUCACCCAAAAUAGAGAAAAGGAUACCUGAUGUUAGGCAGGUGGUGACCCCAGUUGCGUCCCCUGGCAGGCCUCGCAAGUACAGCCCUAUCUUGAACCACCGACAUCUCAACACGCGGGGCGCAGACGGCUCAGUAAAGAAAGAGACCUCAACUUCACCUUUCGCCUUGCUGAUGGCUGCAAAGGAAAGAGAAAAGCAGAGAACUGCUCUGUCCCAACAGAACAGCAACUCAAGAGAUCCAGUCAAUUCUGUGAUCCAACCUAGUGUAGAAAAACCAAACUCCUUCACUGUCACUCCUCGAGACCCAACACCAGACAGUCCCAAUGCACAAUUAAAGUUGACCACAAACACGCAACCACUCGCCUCUCUAUCAACCAAAGUCGACGGUCCACAUGUGUCCUACUCAAAGCCAGAGCUAAGCUCAACCCCUCUACGAAGCCCAAUGAACAGCUCUGUUAGUGGUCUGGGUGUCCCUGUUAGAGAUGUGGAAAUUGGAGAAGACUUGGUCUUCAUUCCACCACCUCCUGAAUUUGCCAACUCGGACUCUGAGGAGGAACCUCCAGUUCCCCCACCAAGUCACCCCGCUCCUGCUCCACCUGUGAAAAGUGCCCCUCCACCUGCUAAAACCCUCUUACCUGCUACACCUGCUCCAAUCACCAACUCCCCCCCACCAAGUCACCCGGCUCCUGCUACCCCUGUAAAACCUGCCCCUCUACCUUCUAAACCCUUACCUAUUCCAAUCACCAAUGGCUCUCUGCCAAGCCACCCUGCUCCUGCUCCAACACCUGCCAAACCCUCCCUACCUCCAACACCUCCUCCUUCCACCAAUGGCCCCCUCAUUUCCCCCAAACCUAAACCACCCAGCUGUCCUCCCAAGGCCCCAGGACCUCCCCCAAAUAUCCAGCCCCAAUCCAAACCACCUGUUCAAACUAAACCCACUCAACCCAUUGCACAAGUGCCGCCAUCCGUCUCCGCUAGCCAAGCGACACUUCUCAGUAUCCUGCAGAAGAAGAUGCUAGAGAUGGACCCCAAGUUCUCGGCUGUCAAAGAGGUGGAGACCAACGGAGAUGACUGGAACUAUCCACUGUCUGAUGACGAGGCCACGUCGCCCCUUACCACAUACAAUCCUAUGACAAACCGCAGUGCCACCUUGCCGGCGCAAACUCGUGGAGUGGACAUGAAGGAGCUGGAAAGCAAAGCGGCCAAAAAAGCUCAAAAUUUGGCCACUUCGACUAAAUCCCAGAACAGUAACGGAUCAUCAACCAAACAGCAGUUUGGAAUGACGUUCACCGUGAGACCAGGAGCCAAACAACCAAUAACACCCGUUAUCAAAGACGGUUCGUCCUGAUCCAUUAUUCCAGAGACGUGCCUUACCUGUACAUAUGUACCUACCUGACAGAUAUUUAACGUUUUGCACCCGGUCUGUAAAGUAUUACUGUAACUUUCUACCUGGACGUUUCUUCAGCUGUCAGUAUAUUCAGGUUGUGCCGAACUCUUGCUGCUAAAAUCGAACAAUGGAGCAACUGUGCCUGUAUACGCUAUACACAGAAACUUGUUUUAAUGUCAAACCUUUUCAUUUAAUUCAUUAGUUUAAUCCAGUUUCUAAUCAGUUGUUUAAGAACAUCAGUUCUUAAUUGUAACUUCUGCACAAUAUUUUUUAAUGCCUUUAAUCAUUAAUGUACAAAAUGACUCUAUAGCUCUCGAUAUGAGAGCUUCUUUCAGUGGUGCUGGAUUUUUUUCCAGGUCAAAACAUUUUUACGAACUUAUAAAAAGUAUGCCUUAAAAUUUGAUCAAAUGGUUGCGAAGCCUUGAACACAUUACUGAUGGUUCUUCUUAAUGAAGAAAAAUGCUUUUGCUGCUUUUCAUAGCCGUUUUCUUAAUCAAAAAAAUAAAUAAUGCAAACUUUGUAUUUGCAUGAAUAUACUGGUUAAAAGUGUAUUUGAAGAAAUAAGCUAGCAUCUGCUACGAACAGGUUUAAUUGUGUGAUAUAUGCAAUAGGUCAAUAAUUGUGCUUCAUUAAUCCGCAAACUUGUUUGUAUGACUGUUCAUGUUAAAUUGUUAUUUUUGGACAUUUAACCUUUUGUUACCCCUGAGAGUAAGAAUAUAACCGCAAUACCGUCUAAUAAAGAUAUGCGAGAGCAUAAAUAUACAGAUGACGGAAACUUUAUUGAACAGUGAAUCUUGGAAAUGUGAGAAAUAUGUCAUUCAUACCCAUUUCUGUUAUUAAAAAACAAAUUUUCUGCA